UCCACUAUCGGGUGGAUCAACAUUGUCGUUCUUCACUCUCUGAUUUGCUUUAGAAGAAUAGCAUGCGUGCUGGGAAAUAAUACUUUAUUCGCUAUCUUUAUCAGAACAGAUCAUAACUGUAAUCUGUAAGUCAAACAUUUUAGAUUUAGCGUUGUUAUUGCGCCACAAUACUCGCAGUGAUGGAUGUCUUUUGGAGAGGAUACUGCACUUUUGUUCUGACAACACUUGUUUUUCAAGAAGUUACAGGAUUCCUGAUCAGGAAUGAAGAGCUGAGAAAGUGUGUACAGGUAAAUGAAGGUAAGGUCAGCAGCAGGUUAAGCCUGCAAGAGUGCAGAGCAGAUUCGGCUCUGCAAGAGUGGCACUGGAACCCUGAGACACGCUCCAUCAUCAACCAACAGACAGGAGGGUGUUUAACUGCACAUCAGAUCCAGGAGCAUGAGAGCGUUUGGCUGCAAGCUUGCAGCUCUGAGGAGGAGGAUCGUGAAGGCCAGGCCUGGAGCUGCUCUAAAAAGGGUCUCCUGACAUUACACGGCAAGGGUCUGCACCUGAGCGUACGUCAUGAUUCCUCCAAGGUCUUCCUUUCCAAAGAUCGUGGGAAAGGCAGCAAGUGGAGGACACUGGCUAAUCAAACGGUAUGCGAGGAGACAGACAGCACACAUCACAGCCAGAAUGUGUUACAAGAUUCUCAGCAGACACUUUCGACCGGACCCCGAAUCCUCACACAAAUUCGCUAUUGGCAUUCUGGGAAUAAUGACCAGAUUUCCAAAUUAAAGUCCACUGAAGCAACACAGACGUCAGAGGCAUCGGCUGAACCUCAAAGUAGUGUAGAGCUGGAUGGACCUUCUGUUAAUGUGUUUACAACAGAAUAUGGAACGGGCUGGAAAAUGACAAUGUUGCUUCUAAGCAGCUUGGCCUUGUUACUUGGGCUUGUGAUCCUCACUCUUAACAUCUACCAGAACAGGAGGAAAAAGACUGUGGUGGUGCUGAAAUCCUACACUCCAACAGGAGAGGCCAGUCUGCCAGGGUCCCCGGUGCCUAGUGAGAGAGCUCCUCUAACCCAGCACCCUAUGAAAAUUGCUCAGUCUCCCUCCAUCCAGCGAGGCGAGAUCCUUGUUGAAUGGAAAGAUGGAACAGUCACCCCUCUGUUUGAAACAUAUCUAACUGACUAAGCGGUGUAUUAUAGAAGAAGUGUUAAACUGACAGGCAUGCAUUGCUGACUAAUUAAUUGUGAUUCAGCAAUAAUUUUUCAAAAUAGUGACCGUUGUCCAGGGAGUCACUGCCAAAUCCAUGAUUAUUGCCAAUUUCCAUGUAUUUAUUUAUUUGAUAUGUAGCUGUGGGAUAAGUGGGGUAAAGUUUUUACAGGAAAAUAAAGAUACAGUCACACAGUCAUUAUCACAACUUUAGCACCAGCAUAUUGAUCAGGACUCAGAAGUAUUUGUCGUCUUGCUUAAAAUGAUUUCAAAUCAGAUCAAUAUUUCAUGUGCAUUUAUUCAGUUAUUUUGCUAAUGACCGUCUGACUGUACAUUAUCCCUAACAUAUCUAACAUCUUAAAAAAAUCACAGACAUCUGUUAGGUUUACAGAAUGCCAUCCCUCUGUUGAAUUUUGAAAAACUGAGGUUGGGUCCUGAUCAAAGACGAUAUUCUGUACCUUGCCAAAAAGACAUAAGGUAACGUCAGGUCAAAUACAGAUCAAACUUAACAAAAGAUAUACUGUAUAAUUAACAAGGAAUGCUUAUGUAAGCUGCAUUCCGUGCAUGUAAAAUAGAGAAACAGGAAUGUUAUUUAAUGGAAAACAAUAAUACAUUCAAAAUAUGCCUCUAAAAUUGAUUUAGUAUUGAAGAAAGCCUGAAAGCUUUUUAAACAACUGUUGUGUUUAACAGUAGAUUAUUCUUGAAUUGCAUAAACCUACAUCUGCAAUUGUUUUUUAUAUCCUGCAGACAGUUGUCUUGUUAGUAUGAUUAGGAAAUAGUGUAAAAUAUAUGAAAACCAUUUCUAUAAAAAAUAACAUUAUUAAUAUCACAUGUAAUAUAGUAAACUUUAAUGUUUCCAAAAAAGUACCGUUGACAUACACACUUUGUUGCAACUUGCAAAGAGGUGGAGGGGCACCUCCUUAACUGUUUUGCCAGAUUUAUAAUCAUCAAGCUAACUUUACCUGUUUCUUUUGACAUACUGCUAUAAUGCUCUUCAGCAGAGGAAAAGAUGAAAAACGUGUCUGUGCAAGUAUGUUAGGGUGUAAAGCAGACAUAGUUUGUGUGGGAGAGAGGAGUAUAUGUGAGGUUGACAUGCAAGUGUGGAAAUCAAAGCCAGAAACACAAUAUGCUAUUGCAGUUUCUCACUUCACACACACACGUAAGUUCAUAAUGACAAAUCUUAUGAAUCAUAUACCAUAAAUAAAUGCCUUUUGAAGGAUCUGAGACCAUUUUAGCACAAUAACAGAUACCUGACAGGGAUACGAGGUGUGAUACAGAUAAAAGUAUCAUUUUCCCAUACAAUACUCCAGAAGAAUCUCACAUUUACAUUCCACGGUUAUGCAGUAGUUCUCUGGUACUGUGGUUUCAGUAGCAAGAUUUUACUAUUCAGAUAAGCAAACUGGCAAUAUUUACAAUCACAGAACAAAUUUUUGUCAAAUUUUGUCAAGUCAAAACUGAUGCAACAAUGAGAUAACCAACAAGAAGAGGAAGACAUGCUUGUACAAGAGAUAGGGUGUGACGGCUUUUUGAAAGUAGGCAUAUUGAGCAGGUGUGUACUGAACAGCCAAAUGUGUUACAUCGAUUUUUUUUUUUUUUUUUUUUGUGUUUGCUUUUGUUUUAUUAUCAUUAUCAUAAUUUGGUACAACAAAUAUAUCGGUAUCUUUGGAUGCCCUUGAGGUCAUUGUGGCAUAAUGGCUUAAGCAAAUACAUUCCAGAGAUAAGAUAACUUAUAAUUGACAGCAUUUCGUACCAUUGAAUGUAUAUCUUACAUCUGCAUUGCUCUGUUAUCAUUGAUUUAGAUGUAUUUAGUGUUCUAUGCAAAUAAGCCAAUAGUGUUUAGUCCCUGUCACAAUUGUCCCUAAUAUAAGAGUAUCCAUAAACAAUAAAAAAAGUACAAUCAAACAUGUAGCACAAGCUCUAUCUGCUCUCACACAUGUAGCAUAGGUAUCAUUUACAGUACAUAAGACAGGACCAUAGAAAUUGCUU